UCUCUCUCACACACUCUAUAACUCCCUUUUCAAGUGAACAGAAGAAGUUUAAAAUGAAUGCUUAUAUUUGAAGUCACAUUACACAAUCUCUGUUCCUCCUUGUGUUCCAUUUUCUUCCACCUUAAAAAAUGGUUAACAAAUAUCACAAUUCUUCCUCUGAUUCUCCCCAAAUUGAGAAAAACAGAAUUGAAGCUGUUCUUCAUAUUCUCCGAAAACCUUCUCCGCUCACUCUCAAACAGGAAAAAUUCUGCAAUGAAGCUUGUGUCCGGAGAUUUUUGAAAUCGAAAGGCGAGAAUGUGAAGAAAGCUGCAAAGCAGCUUCGUGGUUGUCUCUCAUGGCGAGACAACCUUGGAGUCGAUGAGUUUAUUGCCGAUGAGUUUUCCGGUGAGAUAGCUGAGGGUAUGGCUUAUGUUGCUGGUCAUGAUGACCAAUCUAGACCUGUGGUGAUUUUCCGAAUCAAGCAAGAUUAUCUCAAGUUUCGUUCGCAAAAGCAGGUCACCCGUUUGUUGGUUUUCACUUUGGAGGUUGCAAUUCAAACAAUGGCAAAAUCCGUAGAGCAGUUGGUUGUCUUAUUUGAUGCAAGCUUUUUCAGGUCAGCAUCAGGGUUUAUGAACAUAGUGGUGGCAGCUCUGAAGAUCAUAGGGGAGCACUAUCCUGGUCGUUUACACAAAGCUUUUGUCAUUGACCCUCCAUCAAUUUUUCCAUAUCUUUGGAAGGGUGUAAAGGCAUUUAUCGAGUUAUCAUCGGUCACGACAAUGGUCUCCUCACUUGAUUUUGAUGAUUUUACGGAGUUCAAUCACUUUACUUCAUACCCACGGGCUGCAUCUCUUCGCUUUGAUCCUUCCUCCGUGCCAACCAAGCCUAAAGUUGGUUCCUGCUCUUCUUCACGGUUUUCGUUCACGGUUUCCCCCCAUCUUGACACACUUAAACCAUGGCAUUUGACUUUGACUGACAAGUCGUCCUUUAAGGUGGGUCCCACAUCCACACCUAUACUUGGGUCUGCUCUCAUCUCGCCUUUCAACGCACGAUCCUACUCAUUUGCAUCACCAACCACAAGGAACAUCAACCCAAUGAGAAAAAGUUUCUUCCCGGCAACCCCUUUACCACAAAAAACCCAAAUCAUGGAUCACUCCGAGGUCAACCACCCGAGAACCCCUAAACCAUCAUUCCUACACUCACCAGCCUUAUUUUUCAAAAGAGAGUGCCACUUAAGUAAACUUGACAAGUGUCGAGAAUCUUUUAUUCCGUUUUUAAGAUUUUAUAGACGGCCAUAUGAUGAAAUGAUUUAUAGAUCAAAGAUGAAACCUCCACUAGGUGGUCUAAUCUCGAUUGUAUCCCCACGUAUUAGACGCUAUCACAUGUCAGUCUCUCAACGGUUUUAAAAACAUCAAAAGAGCCGUACAUAUCAUAUAUCACAUUGACAUCGAUGUAAUAGUUUUAUUAUUUUUAUUUAUAUGUUAGUACUUCUACUUUACAACGCAAA